AUGGCCAAGAGCGGCUCGUUGAGUAUUCGCGUGGUGGAGGGACGGGCACUGCCCGCCAAGGAUGUGUCUGGGAGCAGUGACCCCUAUUGCCUGGUGAAAGUCGAUGACGAGGUUGUGGCCAGGACAGCAACCGUUUGGAGGAGCCUGAGCCCCUUUUGGGGGGAGGAGUACACUGUGCACCUGCCGUUGGACUUCCACCACCUGGCCUUCUACGUGCUGGAUGAGGACACGGUUGGACACGACGACACCAUUGGGAAGAUCUCCCUGAGCAAGGAGGCCAUCACAGCUGACCCUCGAGGGAUUGACAGCUGGAUCAACCUGAGCCGAGUGGAUCCAGACGCCGAGGUACAGGGUGAGGUCUACCUGGCUGUGCAGCUGCUGGAGGACGCUCGGGGUCGAUGCCUCCGUUGCCACGUGAGACAGGCCAGGGACCUGGCCCCCCGGGACAUCUCUGGCACGUCAGACCCAUUCGCGCGUGUGUUUUGGGGCAGCCAUAGUUUGGAAACCUCGACAAUCAAGAAGACCCGCUUCCCACACUGGGAUGAGGUGCUGGAACUGCGGGAGACGCGGGGGACCGCUUCCCCGCUGCGAGUGGAGCUCUGGGAUUGGGACAUGGUGGGCAAGAAUGACUUCCUGGGCAUGGUGGAGUUCACCCCACAGACCCUUCAACAGAAGCCACCCAAUGGCUGGUUCCGCCUCCUGCCCUUUCCUAGAGCUGAGGAUUCUGGGGGAAGCCUGGGUGCCCUGAGGCUGAAGGUGCGCCUCACUGAGGACCGCGUCCUGCCUUCCCAGUGCUACCAGCCUCUCAUGGAUCUGCUUCUGGAGUCGUUACAGGGGCCAGCCGAGGAGGACACCACCAGCCCCCUGGCUGUGCUAGAGGAACUGGCCUCUGGGGACUGUCGUCAAGACCUUGCUACCAAGCUUGUGAAGCUCUUCCUGGGCCGGGGCCUGGCCGGGUCCUUUCUAGACUACCUCACAAGGCGUGAGGUGGCUCGAACUAAUGACCCCAACACCCUCUUCCGUUCUAACUCCUUGGCAUCCAAGUCGAUGGAACAGUUCAUGAAGCUCGUGGGCAUGCGCUACCUGCACGAGGUCCUGAGGCCGGUGAUCAGCCGCGUCUUCGAGGAGAAGAAAUAUAUGGAGUUGGACCCUUGCAAGAUGGACCUGAACCGCUCGCGGAGGAUCUCCUUCAAGGGCACACCCACGGAGGAGCAGGUGCGGGAGACCAGCCUGGGGCUGCUGACCGGGUACCUGGGGUCCAUCGUGGAUGCCAUUGUGAGCUCUGUAGGGCGCUGCCCACUAGCCCUGCGCCUGGCCUUUAGGAAGCUGCAGCGGCGUGUGGAGGAACGCUUCCCCGGGGCGGAGCAUCAGGAUGUGAAGUAUCUGGCAAUUAGCGGUUUCCUCUUUCUGCGUUUCUUUGCACCCGCCAUCCUCACACCGAAGCUGUUUGACCUCAGAGACCAGCACGCAGAUCCCCAGACCAGCCGCUCCUUGCUGCUGCUCGCCAAGGCUGUGCAGAGCAUUGGAAACCUGGGCCAGCAGCUGGGCCAGGGCAAGGAGCUGUGGCUGGCCCCCCUCCACCCCUUCCUGCUGCAGAGCAUCUCACGCGUGAGGGACUUCCUGGACCAGCUGGUGGAUGUGGAUGGGGCUGAGGAGCCUGGGGGGCCAGCCUGUGCCCUGGUCCAACCUUCAACAAUUGUUCGGGAAGGCUUCUUGCUGAAGCGCAAGGAGGAGCCUGCAGGCCUGGCCACACGUUUUGCCUUCAAGAAGCGCUACUUCCGGCUGAGUGGGCGGGACCUCUCCUACUCCAAGACUCCAGAGUGGCAGGUUCACUCAUCCAUCCCAGUGUCCUGUAUCCGUGCCGUGGAGCGUGUGGAUGAGGGUGCCUUCCAACUGCCACACGUCAUGCAGGUGGUGACGCAGGAUGGCACUGGAGUGCCACACACCACCUACCUCCAGUGCAAGAACGUGAAUGACCUCAACCAGUGGCUGUCAGCCCUGCGUAAAGCCAGCGCCGCCAACCAGGACAAGCUGACUGCCUGCCACCCUGGUGCCUUCCGCAGUGGACGCUGGACCUGCUGCCUCCAGGCUGAGCGCUUAGCUGCGGGCUGCAGCCGCACACACUCAGCCGUCACACUGGGAGACUGGAGUGACCCACUGGAUCCUGACGCCGAGGCCCAGGCGGUGUAUCGCCAGCUGCUCCUGGGGCGGGACCAACUCAGGCUGAAAUUGCUGGAGGACUCCAGCCUGGACACAGCUGUGGAGGUGGGCCCCGGGAAGGACUCGGAUGUCGCAGAUGGGGCCCGCACGGAGGUUCUGGCCCAGCAGAGAGCUGCCACUACCCAUCUGCUGCAGGUACUUGACGACUUGGAGCAAGCGCACAAGGAGUUCCAGAGGCGAGGACAGGGGCAAAUGGCCCUCUAGGAUGCUGGAUGCUGAGGAGGUGGAGCCAUGGGGGCCUCCUCAGUGUACUCUGGCCCAGGCAUCUCCUUGAGGCUGCCUUCUUCACUACUGUGGCCUGGAGCCUCCCAGGCAAAGCCUGGUCCUGUGUGCCCUGUG